AUAAUUUUUAAUAAAACUAUAUUUUUUUUUUAAAAUAUUAAACAAUAAUAUUGUAUUUACAAUAAUCUUGUCUUAAAACAUAAUAAAAUAUAGUGGUUUAUAUUACUCUCAAUUAUCUUUUAACAAAUAAAAAUGAUGUCAGAAGGAAUAGAUGAUAGCGAUCCAGUUUCAGAGGCCGUUGGAUUUAUUAGCAAUAUACUAACUGAUAACCCAGAAACUCAAUAUCAAGGUUUAAAGGGAUUAAUGUUAUGCCCAACAGUUCAUGUAGUAGAAUUAUUUAAAAACCCAGAUUAUUACUAUCAUAUUAAAAAACACCCAAAUCACAAACAUGUAUUUAUUUCACCCUCUUCCUCUAAAUCAUCAUCAUCUCCUGCAAACAGUAAUAACUCGUCACCAAAUAAUAGUAAUAACUCAUCACCAACACAUAGCUCAUCACCACCUACCAAUAAAGAAACAAAUAAUCACCAUUCGCCACACAACGGUUCCCAAUGCAGCCAAUGCUCUCCAAAUGGUUCACCAAAAUAUUCAGAAAUUGAUUUUGAUAAAAUUUCAAAGAAAAGAAAAAGUAAUAUUAAAAGUUUAAUAGAACUAUGUUUAUCAGAAACCAAAAAGGUACAGUCAUCAGCAUUAAGACUACUAUGGCAUCUAUCUGCUCAAGCUGAUUUAAAGGUUUUAUUAUUUGAAGAAGGUGUUUUAGAUAAAUUGAAAUAUUUGAUGUUUUCUGAUAUAGAAAAGAGCAAAGAUGAACAAGAUAAACAAAGCCAAAUACACAGAACAGAAGUUCAAUUAGCAUCAUCAGCAAUAUUACAGAACAUUACAGAAUAUAGAUUCGAAAAAGGUGAAAUCAAUCCAAAUCAAGUUAAAAUAGUAAAUGAAAAUAUAGUAGAGUUAAUUUUAAUACCACGUUCAAAGAGUUCAGAUAAAAGAAUUCAAUUCCUUACUACUUUAACUAUAGCUAACCUUUCAAUGAAUGAAGAAAACCACAGUGAACUCCAAAAGUGCAAUGCAUUUGAUUUAGUUGAAAGAUUUGUUAUUUCAAAUAGUAUUUAUAUGGAUUUAGUGUGCCAUUGGAUUACACUUCAACCCCACAUACCUUUACUACACUCUAAAUACUAUCAAGUUCAAUUAUUUGCGUUAUACUGCCUAUAUAAUUUAAUGAGAAAUGAUCAAUAUAAAGUUGAAGUUUGGAAAAGUUUAAGCGUAAACAAUGGUGUUCAGUCAAUAUUUUAUCUAUUACAUUCACCACAUGGCAAAGUAGUUGAACUAGCAAGAAAGAUAGCAGAUCAAUUACAAAUCGAAGAACCCUCAGUGACAGUUAAUACAACCAAAAUCGGAACAGAUUUAAGAAAGCUAUUUAAUAAUCAAGAGUACUCGGAUAUCACUUUCGUUUGUGAAGGUAAAAAACUCUAUGCACAUAAAGCGAUUUGUGCAUCACGUUGUGAACAACUUAGAGCAAUGUUCACUUGGGGUAAAGAAUCAAAAGAAAACGAAAUUACACUUCCAGAUAUACCCUAUUUAGCUAUGUAUGGUGUUUUAGAAUAUAUUUAUUGUGGUAUUGCAAAUAUAACUUGGGAAAAUGCCUGUGAUCUUUUACAAUGGGCAGAUUACUUUUCUCUAUCCGGUCUUAAGAGCUCCUGUGAAUUUUAUCUAUGGCACUAUAUUGACACAGAUAAUGCUCCAAUUAUUCUAACUGUUGCUGAUCGUUACCGUUGUACUCAACUAAGAAAUGUUGCUUCUAAUUUUGUUAUUAGAAAUUGGGAAAAAAUAAAAGAUUCAGAAGUUUGGGUUAAUCAAGUAUCUCAAGAUGUUAAGAACUUUAUAAACGAAAAAAUAUAUUCUUUAAUAACCUGUUCAUGUGGUUGCAUAUGCAGUUGUGUCGAUGAUGUAAAUAAUAAAUCUUCACAAUCACCACAACAAACUAUUGAUGAAUAAAAAAAUAAUAAUAUCAAUAUAUAAUAAUAAAAUAAAAAUAUUAAUAAUUAUAAUAAAUAAUUAAACUAUAUUUAAAUUUGUUAAAAUAAAUAUUAAAUUUCU